AUGCCUCACUCCUUGGUCUGUCCCGAGACGGUGAGCAGGGUGAGCUCGGUGCUGCACCGCAGCACGCGGCAGUUUGGAAAGAAGCACCUGUUCGACGAGAACGAGGAGACCUGCUGGAGCUCGGACCAGGGCCCCUCCCAGUGGGUGGUGCUGGAGUUUCCCCAGCGUGUCCGUGUCUCCCAGCUGCAGAUCCAGUUCCAGGGGGGCUUCUCCAGUCGCCGGGGCUGCCUGGAAGGUUCACAGGGGAGUGAGGCUCUUGGCAAGAUUGCAGAAUUCUACCCUGAAGACAAUAACUCGCUUCAGACCUUCCCCGUGCCAACUGCAGAAGUGGACCAACUGAAGGUGACCUUUGAGGACACCACUGACUUUUUUGGCCGUGUGGUCGUCUACCACCUGCGGGUGCUGGGGGAGAAGAAAGCGUGAGACCUCUGGGUGGCUGCUUUCUCCAGGAAGCCCUCCGGGAAGCACAGUGACGUCCUCCAAGCUCUGCACAGAAGAUUUAUUGGUUUUUCUUGGGAAGGAUCCCCUCCCGCCGCCUGUCCAGGAGCUGCCUUUGAAGCCGGUUCCGGUUUUCCCAGAACGGGGUUUUUCUGGAUCACAUCUUGUUCCCUGAGUGUCUGAGUCCUAAGCAGCUGGCCUUUACUCGGGGUCGGUGGGCACCAGGUUGCUUUGGAAGAGUUUGAGGAUGUGGUUCUCGAUCACCUGUUGCACUGAGAUGGGGCAGGGAAAGGUGGGCUGUGAGCUGGAAUUGGGGGCCGUGGAGGCACAGGCCAACCUGCACCCUCCCCUUGGGGCAGGGGCACAUGGGAGCCUCUCAGCCCUGGGACCUGGAUGGAGGACCCCCUUUAAGCAUAGGGGAUCUAGGCUGGGCACGGUGGCUCAUGCCUGUAACUCAGAGUUCGAGACAU